UUCUGGCGGACACUCCGGGCGGCGGCGUCCCCGCCCCAUUGCGCAGGCGCUUGCGACGCGCGCUGCCGGCCGCCGUGGUCGCGUUCUCAGACUCGGCGCAGCAUGGCAUCCGUGCUUGUGACGAGGCUGCUGGCGUCCGCCCGGAGGCCUCCCCCGGCGGUGCCCCGCGCGCUCUCCACUCUCCUGCCCGGACCGCUUCGCGUUGCAGCUGCCGCCGGUGCGAAGCCCAGGGCGUGGGGGCCCGCGGGGCUGCGCGGCCACCUGCUGCCCGGCCUGCAGCUGCCCGGCCUGCAGCUUGCCCUGGGGUUCAAGACCAAGGGCGUCAUCAAGGAGCGCUGCAGGGACUGUUACCGGGUGAAGAGGCGCGGGCGCUGGUUCAUCUACUGCAAAACGAACCCAAAGCACAAGCAGAGACAGAUGUAGUUCCCGUCACUAAAAGAACGUGCAAAACGGCGCCGCUUCCUUGAGGAAAGGUCCCUCCUACCGAAAGCAAAAUAAAA